ACUCGUCCCUUCGCGGCUCUUGUUCUGAUUGAGAGAGGGAAGAUGGCGUCGGAUGUUCGAGGAAUGGAGCAGGACAUGGAAGAUGGAGAGAUUACGGAGUCGGACUGUGAAAUGCCGGCCUUGGCUGUUUCCAGGAGUCCCCUGCAGAAGCAACAUGAUAGCAGUAAUCCAGCAAAAUCCGCCCCAAGCAGCAUUGCACAUUCUGCAACAAGUGUUCCUUAUCGGACAGUGAAAAGUGUGGAUUCAACUGAUGAAAGCUUUUCAGAUUCUGAUGAAGAUAAUGGUCUAUGGAAGCGAAAGCGGCAGAAAUGUUCGAACCAUCCUCCCCUCAAACCAGAGCUUUUCCAAUUUGCUCCAAAUCCUCACAAACAAAUCCCACUGGGGGCUAAAAAGAUCAACAAUAUAUGGGGUGAAGUUCUGCAGAAACAGAAUCAAGAUGAUAUGGCAAAGGAACUUGGGAUUUUAUGGAUGGAUGGCAGCCUUGACAGAAGUCGAGCAUCAGAGACCUACAACUACUUGUUAGCAAAACAGCUGAUGAAAAAAUCUGAAUCGGAAGUAGUUAAGACAUUAGACAAAGAAUUGGAUGAAUAUAUGCAGGAUGAUAAAAAGACUUUAUCAAAAGAAGAGGAGGAAGAGGUGAAUAGACAAGGUCUCUGGAAACGGAAAAGGCCCAUAAAGGAGAAAUUGGGUCCAAGACAAGAAAUGCCCAUAAAGGAGAGAUUGGAUCCAAGUCAAGAAAUGAAUUAUAAAGGGAGGUAUGAAAUUACGGAAGAUGAUCCUGAAGAAAAAGUGGCAGAUGAAAUUGCCUUCCGGCUUCAAGAACCAAAGAAGGAUCUAAUUGCACGGAUAGUGAAAAUCAUUGGGAAAAAGAAAUCUAUUGAACUACUGAUGGAAACAGCUGAAGUGGAGCAAAAUGGAGGUCUUUUAAUCAUGGAUGGUUCUAGAAGAAGAACACCAGGUGGAGUUUAUUUAAACUUGCUGAAACGUACACCUUGCAUAACCAGUGAACAAAUUAAGGAAAUCUUCUAUAUUGAAAAUCAAAAGGAGUAUGAGAACAAAUGCGCUGCAAAGAAGAGAAGAUUUCAAGUGCUGGGGAAAAAGAUGAAGCAAGCUAUUAAAGGACUUAAUCUUCAAGAAUAUGAUGAUGCCUCCCGAGAGACUUUUGCAAGUGACACAAAUGAAGCCCUGGCUUCUCUGGAUGACUUGCAAGAAGGACAUGGGGAAAUAAAACUGGAUACAGAAGAUGCAAUUGAAAUAGAUAACAGUCAUGAUAUAGAUAUCGUUUGAUGUACUUGAUACUUGAGGGAUCAAAAUCUUUGUGAUGUAUAUAUAUAUAUAUAUAUAUAUAUUAAUUUGCAGUUGCAUAUUAUUAUUAUACCUUUUCAUAAGUUGCAAUAGUGCCUAUUAUGUCAAUCAGUUGUAUGCUGAAAAGGGCCAUUUUAUUUCUCACUGUUGAUGCUUGAGUUUUCAGUUUGCUUCAAAUCACGAAUGUUGUACAUCUUCCUUUAUUUCAUAACUUCAGUAGACCCUUAACACCUGAUGCACAUGCUUUCAUCUCAAGGUUACUUUAACAUUAGAAAAAAACAGUGCUCUCAUUCCAGAGUAAAACUUGUAUAUGAAACUUAAUAUAACUGCAUGGAACCACUAUUUCAUUUAAGUAAUAGUAAUAUGAAACAAGUAUCAUUCUGACAUAUACUCUGGUAUGGAAGCCUUUUCACAUGAUCGUUGUUUUCAUGAUGAAUCUGGGAAGACAUUUUGACCCACGAGCCAGAUGGGUAUUCAGCAUACUACAUGUUGCAUGCCUAGAGAACUUCAAUUUCAGCUUAUGUUGACCAUUAGUUCUGAGAAAAUCAUAUAAACUUGCAAUAUUUAAGACACACCAUUCUCUUUUACAGUUUGUUUUCUGCUUCUUAUGCCUGAGUUUUGGGCUAACAUAGUCCUGCAUAAAAUUAGUUGAACUAGGAGUAGACCACUUAAGUCAGUGAACCUUAAGUUACUUGUGACUUAGACUCAUUGAUAUCAGAGAUCUGAAGAAUACCUCAGUCGGAAUCCAGCCAACAUAAAUGGGAACAAAACAUCUCUCAGUUUCAUUUCGUUUUGAAGUUAAUAAUUCUGAACAUGGGAGCUAGCUAUAAGAUUUGAACUCAAUUGUCAUCCCUAUUAAUUACAAUAAUCUUAAAGGAACAGAAAAGUUAAGAAAUCAAGCAACACAUCUGAAUCAUGAUACUUAUGUAUCAUAUUUGUAAAAGUUUUCAUGAGAUUAGAGUCGAAAUUGCAAAUCUAGUUUAAUUUUCAUUUGUAAAGUAUAAAAUAAAUAAAAAUUGCUGGCUUUUAA